AUGGCAAAAUGUUCUGGUCCCCAUCCCCCCGGCUUUGCCGGGGUUGGGGAAAAUUUAAGUACUAAAAAUAAUAGUACUAGUAGAAGUAGCAGUACUAAUAGUAUUCUGCUUAAUUCCUACAGCUUAGGUUCCUAUCUAGCUGGUUUAUUUGAAGGAGAUGGCCAUAUUUGAAUUCGAAAACAAGUAGGCAAAAAGACUCAUAAUCCUAGAUUUUGUAUUACUUUUAGUUUAAAGAAUGAAGCUUUAGCCAAAAAACUGCUCGGAAUUGUUGGGUCAGGAUUUCUGAGGUAUAAACCUAAAGAUAAUGCUUGUGUUAUAGUAGUUUCUCCUGUAGUUGGUUUAAAAAGGAUAGUUAAUUUAAUAAAUGGUGAGUUAAAAACGCCUAAAAUAAAUCAACUACAUAAUUUAAUCGACUGAUUAAAUAAAAAUCAUAGUAGCAGAUUUAACAAAUUACCUUUAAAUAAAGAUAAUUUAGAAAACAGUAGUUGAUUAAGUGGAUUUGUGGAUGCCGAUGGUAGUUUUUCUGUACAAUAUACUAAAACAGAAACAGGUGCAACCAAAAGAAAGAUUUCCUGUAGGUUAAGAAUUGAACAAAGAAUUUCGGAUCCAAGUACCCAUGAGGAUUAUUCUUAUAUUUUAAAUCAAAUUUGUUUAUUCUUUAAUUGUAAAUUGUUAACUAGAACACAGAAAUCUACAGGUAAUACUUAUUAUACUUUAACUGCAUCUAGUAAAGCUUCUUUAAACAUUAUAAUUGACUAUUUUAAUAAAUAUCAUUUAUUUUCAAGUAAGUUUUUGGACUAUCAAGAUUGAGAACUAGUUGCCAAAUUAUUUAUUAAUAAUCAACAUUUAACAUUUGAAGGAAUAAAGACUGUUGAAAUGGUUAGAAGUCGAAUGAAUACAAAAAGAGUUGACUUCAAUUGAGAUCAUUUAAUUGGUCUACACUAG